AUGUGUCUUCUUCAGGGAAUCGUCCACGAAGUGCGUCAGUCAGCUCAGCUCAUGCUGAACCAGCUGUUGCAGCAGCUACGUAGCAACUCCCAACUUCCUGUGUGCCUGCGUGUGAUUGGCUACCUGCGCAGGAUCGACGUGUUCACGGAGGCGGAGCAACGGGUCAAGUUCCUGCAGGCGCGGGGCAGCUGGCAACGGGUCAAGUUCCUGCAGGCGCGGGGCAGCUGGCUCCGUUCCAUCCUGUCCACGGUCCCCGAUGAUGACCCUUACUGCCACAUCACCAAGACCAUCGAGGCCUGUCGCGUGUGUAACCCGGCUUCAGUUAUCUAGCAUUGGAAUGGUUGAAUGAAGGACUGAGGAAACAGGACUGAUGCCCCCUUUUAUUCUCUG